GCUGGGAUUUAAGUAAUAAUAAGUAUUUUACUAACGCGAUAUACAUAUCUAAGUGUUUAAAACGGUUACUCUGAUAUAUUCAAAAUUCGUUAUUUUAGGGUUUAUCUUAAUGUGAUGUCAAUGAUACUUUGAUGUGAAAGUCGUUUAAAACGUGUUUGUUAGUUUAGAGCCUGUGGUUGUUGCGGUCUGUUGGUUUUAAAGACGCUACUUUAGCUUCAUAUUAACAUGGAUAAAAAGCAGAUUUAUACCGAUGAACAAAUGCAAAAAAUAAAAACGGAGUUUUCACGAUUAGGAGAUAUCUGCUACCUUGACCAUGCAGGAACCACACUUUAUUCGGAGAAGCAAUUAGAAUUUGUUUUUAAAGAUCUGUCUACAAAUGUGUAUGCAAAUCCUCAUGCAUUAAAUACAACUAGUAAAAUAACAACAGAUGAAGUGGAUUUAAUAAGAUAUAGAGUUUUAGACUUUUUUAAUGCUAAGCCUGAAGAAUACUCUGUAAUAUUCACAUUAAGUACCUCACACGGUCUUAAAACGGUAGCAGAAACAUUUAGAUUUGAUGGAGGAAUUUUAGCAUACCUUGAAGAUAAUCAUACUUCUGUCCUUGGAAUGCGAAAUCUGGCACCACAAUGGCAAGAAGUAAAACUAGAUAAGGCAUUUGAGGUUCUUAAUCAUUCUAACAAUAGUCUAAGUACUAAUGAAGAAGAAGAGGAAAGUAGUGGUAAUUGUUUAUUUGUUUAUCCAGCUCAAAGUAAUUUUGCAGGAAAUAAAUAUCCAUUAUCAUGGAUUGAUCACAUACAAAACGGACGCCUUAGAAAUCUUAAUAUAGCGGCUAAGAAAUAUUAUGUUUUACUGGACGCAGCUUCUUAUGUUUCAUCAAAUCAACUUGAUCUAUCAAAAUACCAGCCAGAUUUUGUAACUAUAUCAUUUUAUAAAAUUUUUGGAUAUCCAUCUGGAUUGGGAGCUCUAUUAGUUCGAAGAUGUAGCGAAUACACUCUCAAAAAGCAAUAUUUUGGAGGGGGAACUAUACUAAUGGCUCUAAGCUCAGAAGAUGUAACUAUACCAAGGCCAAAUAUCCACGAAAGAUAUGAAGAUGGCACAAUAUCAUUUUUAUCAAUAUUGAGCUUAAAACAUGGUUUUGAUACAUUUAAGCGAUUGAAUCUAACUCCACAGCUUAUUUCUUUACACAUUUAUAAUUUGGCAAAAUAUACUUAUGAAAGUCUAAGAGAGCUUCACCAUUUUAACGGCGAAUCCGUUGCUGUAUUAUAUCCAGAAAAUGGCUUUAAAUGUGCAGAAGAUCAUGGAGGUAUUGUGAACUUUAAUUUGAAGAGGUCCGAUGGGAGUUUUGUCGGAUAUAGUGAGGUAAUGCAAAUAGCAAAUCUCUACAAGAUCUGUUUAAGAACUGGAUGCUGUUGUAAUCCAGGAGCUUGCCAAAAAUAUCUUAGACUCUCUAACAAAGAUAUUAGACAUCAUUUUGACGCAGGACACGUCUGUGGAGAUUCACUCGAUUUGGUAGAUGGAUAUCCAACUGGUUCAGUACGAAUAUCUUUUGGUUAUAUGUCAACAUACGAGGAAUGCGAAAUGUUUCUUAGGAUGAUAAAAGAAUGUUUCGUCAAACAUCCUAUUAUCAAAAAAAGUUUUCAAAUUGAUAAAAUCGUUAAAAAUAAGAGUGAAGGUACACAAGAUAAAAAUCUUAAAGAAAAUGAAACUCGGCUGCCACGACCCACGCCUAUUCCAACGAAUAUUAAACAUUUUAAUGAGUCGAAAUAUAUUUUACCAAAUAAGAAAAUUACAGGAGAACUGUUAAAUAUUUAUAUAUACCCAGUAAAAUCAUGUGCUGCUUUUGAAAUUAAAGGAAAAUGGAAGCUAACUAGUAUAGGGCUGGAGUAUGAUAGACGGUGGAUGAUCGUGAAGUCAUCUGGAGCCAGCGUAUCUCAAAAACAGAUCAAAGCUCUUUGUACCCUAAAACCUAUUUUAGAUUUUGAUGCAAACGUAUUAAGGCUUCAGAUAAAUGACUCCGAAAUAUCUGUUCCAAUAAACUCAUCUAGCCUGAGUUCAGAUGGCUUUUUCUGUGACAGUAAAAUUUGUAAUGAUAAGGUCCGCUGUUAUGACUGUGGUGACAAAAUCGCUGAAUGGCUAUCAGAGAAUUUGGAAAGACCGGGCUUACGUUUAUUUAAACAAUGCGACUUUGAUGAAAAUAAUUUAGGUCGAAGUAAUAAAAAAGGCGAGAAGUCAAUGUUAUCUCUUGCAAACACAGCGGAGUAUUUACUAAUUAACGUUGCAAGUGUGCAGUGGCUUAGAGAGAAAAUUCCUAAACAGGAAGGUUUACACAGCGAAAGCUUAAAAUCCAGUCUGCAGAGAUUUAGAGCGAACUUUAUUGUUGAUUUUAAAACACCAUUCGUCGAAACAGAGCUGGACUUAUGCAUUAUUAAUGACGUUGCUUUUAAAUUGAAAGGAAAUUGUACUAGAUGCCAGAUGAUUUGUAUUAACCAGGAAACUGGAGAAAUUUCCAAAGAGCCGUUGCAGACACUAUCAAAGGAGUUUAAUGGGAAAAUUCGAUUUGGGAUCUACUUAAGCCAAUUAACUCCAUCAGAAGGUUUGGUUAUAAUGAGUGGAACUACGAUAAAGGCGUAUUUAAAAGAUUCGUAAAUACUUAAUUAGGCUUAUAAUUUUUAUGGAAUGUGUGAUUUUCUGAUAAUAUGAUAAAUUAAAUGUGUCGUAUAUUUCGA